AUGGCUUGCAUGGAUGCACUGAAGGAAGAGGUGAAGAAUGCCUUGUGUUAUGAAUCGCCUGACGCCAAGUCUGACAAACGCAAACUCCAUGAUUUAAUACUGGCCAAGGCACUCGAACAAGACAGAGAAUUUCGCCAGUCAAAGAGAAAGCGGAUCUUACACGAUGUGGAAGCGCCGCACCAAAUCCACAAGUGGGAAGAAAAGCGAAUGAAGAGCAAAGAUGAUUAA